AUGGUAUAUAGUGAUGGUACUAUCACUACAAAAGAACUUGGCACAGUUAUGAGGUCUCUGGGGCAAAAUCCAACAGAGUCCGAAUUAAACGAUAUGAUUAAUGAAAUUGAUGCAGAUGGAAAUGGAACAAUCGACUUUCCGGAAUUUUUAACCAUGAUGGCAAGAAAAAUGAAAGAUACUGAUUCAGAAGAAGAGAUAAAAGAAGCAUUCAAAGUAUUUGAUAAAGAUGGUAAUGGAUUUAUUUCUGCAGCUGAAUUAAGACAUGUUAUGACUAAUCUUGGUGAAAAAUUGUCUGAACAAGAAGUAGAUGAAAUGGUAAAUUUAUGA